GUGAGAAAACAUAGGAAACAUUUGUAAAAUCGAAGUUACUUAGAUGUUGUAUUGCAUUAUUUCCCAAUUAACUUUUUGUCUUCCUUUUUUCAAUAAACAUAUAGUUUUAAAUAUAUAAAAGCUUUUUUUGUCAGAAAAUAUCUAUAUCUGAGCAAAAACUCAGAAUAUUUGUCAACAAUAUUUGGAGUUCCUGAUCUUAAAAAGUCUAAUAUGUCAAAUCAAAUGUAAUAAAACUAGAUUUUUUUUUGUUUGUUUUGCAUUCAGCUCUUAUUAUCAAUAAAGUUUUCCCAAAGUUCAUAUCUGUCUGUCAUAUCUGGAGUUCUUCUGUCUUGAGUUGCAUGAGUAACUUUUGCCUCUCUUGGAGGUGGUGUUCAGCCCUGUCCCUCCGAUCCAUCUUCCAUCCCUCCUUCCUCCAUGCGUCCGCCUCUCCCACCCACCCUGGUGACUCCACCCUGUAGCAGAUAAAAGCCGCGUCCAAAAGAUGCACGUUUGUUACAUGCACGUGUGCCAGCGCCUCUUGUGGUUGUCCUCCUGCCUGCCUGCCAUUGCAGUGACCAUUCCCUCACAAACGGCCACAGGAAAAGGCUUUGGCCAUGUCUUCCCUUCCCGUCCUGCUCUUCCUGAGUCUGCUCCACUUUGUCGUUCUGACACACAUAAAUGGUGGAGCGUUCUACGGACACAAGCAACACCCUCAGCAGUACCAGCCAAAGCAGCACCAUCAACACCUGGGCAAGGGCAAAGGUGGCUUCCCCCAACAACAGUACCUCGGCAAGGAAGUGCCCUAUAUGCAGUAUCCCCAUUAUAGGAAGGAAGUCCCCCAGAUGCCAAUACUCAAGGGCAAACAAAACAUUCGGGAUGGGGGCGCCUAUCUAGGUGGACAGGACAAAGGUCAGACAAUCCCUAGUGGAGUUGAGGGUGCCCCCCAAGGAGAACCAUGUCCAGCUGGGCCACCUGGACCGGCCGGACCAGCUGGACCUUCUGGACCUCCAGGGUUGGGGCAGCCAGGUCCUUCAGGUCAGCCUGGACCUCCAGGACCACCAGGAGUGCCUGGUGUAGGAAAACUGGGUUUGCCAGGCUUGCCAGGGAAGCCAGGAGUAAAUGGUGGGGCUGGGCCUCAAGGAGAAAUGGGCCUCAGGGGUGAAGAAGGUCCGGCAGGACAACCAGGGCCUCAGGGACCCCCAGGACCACCAGGGCUUCCAGGGUUUGGCAGACCUGGAGCACAAGGAUUACCGGGUCAACUUGGACCCAAAGGAGAGCCUGGUCACAAGGGCUUACCUGGAUUGCCGGGGUUACAAGGACCCAAAGGAGACAAAGGGAUUGGACUGCCGGGACAACCUGGGCACAAAGGACUCCCAGGGCCACCUGGAGUUGCUGGUCCAAGAGGGUUGCCUGGUUUUGGGAAACCAGGUCUAAAUGGAGCUCCAGGUCCACAAGGUCCAAAGGGAGAUAAAGGAUAUCCUGGUGAGACAGGACCACCAGGGCAGCCUGGAGAAGGAGGUCAGCCUGGUCCACCAGGUGUCCCUGGUCUGGGAAAACCAGGUCAGAAUGGCCUGCCAGGGCAGCCAGGUAUUCCAGGGGCUAAAGGUCACGCUGGACCGACUGGUUUGCCUGGAAAACCAGGGUUACCAGGAUUAAGUAAACCAGGGCUACCUGGACCAAAGGGUGAUAAAGGGAUUAUUGGGCCACCAGGACUUCAAGGACCUAAAGGAGAUAAGGGUCACGGUGGAUUACCUGGCAUGCUUGGAUCCCCUGGACUAAAUGGUCCACCAGGUCCUCCAGGUCCUACGGGACCCCCAGGAAGCAUAGGUCCACCAGGUUUUAAAGGAGAAGAUGGAGAUGCAGGACCAAGAGGGCUUGAUGGGGCCAAGGGUGACCAAGGUCUUCCAGGACUACCCGGAGACAAUGGUUUACCUGGGGAUCCAGGAGAACCAGGACCAAGAGGUUCACCAGGCGUAACUGGUCCCAAAGGGGAAGUAGGGCCUAAAGGUUCACUUGGUAUGCCAGGUCCUUCUGGGGCUCCUGGUUCGAAAGGACAAGGUGGGUUACCUGGUGAAGUGGGGCCUCAAGGUCCAAAAGGAAUCCCAGGUCGGAAUGGUGCAACAGGACCAAUUGGUCCCCCAGGUUCUCAAGGACCUAAGGGGGAUAAGGGCCCACCUGGACCACCUGGCAUAACAGAAAAUGGAAGUCCAGGUGUACCUGGUCCCAUAGGAGCCCCAGGAAGAGAGGGUCCUCCUGGGACGGCUGGACAACCCGGUCAACCUGGCCCUCCAGGUCCACCAGGGCCACCAGGAGUACCAGGCUUCUCUCCUGAAUUGGCUGGAGUGCUAUCUGAGAUGGGUCCGGGUCUAGAUGGCGUCAAGGCUGGAGGUUAUGUUAAAAAGAGCAAGUAUGGGGAAAAUGGAGCAGAAGUGAUGGGUGUCAGUGGUCUGGAGAUGCCCGCAUUCACGGCCAUAAUAACGACUCCUUUUCCACCUGUCGGAACUCCCAUCAUAUUUGACAAACUCUUGUACAAUGGCCGCCAAAAUUAUGACCCUCAAACAGGAAUCUUCACCUGCGAUGUGCCCGGUAUUUACUACUUUGCCUACCACGUUCACUGCAAAGGAGCUAACGUGUGGGUGGCGUUGAUUCGAAACAAUGAACCAGUGAUGUAUACCUAUGACGAAUACAAGAAAGGUUUCUUAGAUCAAGCUUCAGGAAGUGCAGUAUUACCUCUGCAGGCUGGGGACACAGUGCACCUCAUGCUACCCUCAGAUCAGGCUUCAGGACUCUACGCUGGACAGUAUGUGCAUUCAUCCUUUACUGGGUAUUUGUUGUAUCCCAUGUGAAAUAACACGUUUCAGACUUAUCACAGGAAAAACAAAGGGAAUAUGUUUUACAGUACAUAAACAUGAAUUAUUCUUAGGCAUAGUCAGUAAAUAAGGAUGUGGUUGACAGAGAUACGAGAAAAUCAUCAAUACUCUGUAACCUUGUAGCCAUUUUAAAUGGUAGAGCAAAGAAGGAUCCUUUUUUUCUUGCAACCUAAACAAUACAAAUAAAUAAAAACAACACAGCAAUAAACCUAAACAAUUGCAAAAAGAUAAGCAUGAAAUGUCAGAUGCUGCAGCAGCAAAUUAAGUCUAGUUUUUUUACAAGUUUAAAAAUUGGCAGCUAAUCUCAGUCAUGCAAUAAACGACAUGAAAAGGGAAUGACACAAAAACAAGUAAAGAUAAAAAAGGAAAUACAAAAGCUGCAUUUGUCCACUAAACUUUGCAUAGAGAACAGGAAUGAAGGUAUAGAUUUACCACCUGAAAGUGCAAAUUACAACAGGAAGUGCAUGCUAGCAAUAUGUCUGUUGUUUGUUUUGUUUAUUUUUAAGGGAAAUGCAUUUCUACAUAUUUAGUUUACAAUAUGUUGGGAUUUUUUUUUACCUAUUUUCAACUGACAGAUUUAACUCAAUUGAUUGCUACCACAUUUUACAUCCUCAAAAGUGGAUGCAAUUAAACUAAAAUACGUUUGAGCAAUUCUUUAUAAUUGAGAUUACAUUGGUGAUUGACUAAUUAUUCUUGAUCUUUGUGCUCAUGUGGUGUCAUCACUUUUUAAUUCAACAUUUUUAACUGUCCUUUUCAGUAUAAAUGUACUGUGUGGAUAAAAACAAAAAAACAAAAAAAAAAACUAACUUAAAUUAAAUUUCAAAAUAGACUGUCAAAGCACGUCACAGAAGUUUUAGACUAUGAAAUUGAUCAACAUUUUUUGAAAAUAUUUGGUUAAUAUUAUGUUUUAGAAAUGUUAGAACAGAUGGAUUUGUGGGAGUUCUUCCCAAUAUAGAACCCAAAACAGCCCACAGCAUUAAAAUGUCUGUAUUAAUCAGAGUCAAAACACAAAACAGCAGUUCUUUUCCAAAUGAAAUCAAGCCUGCAUACCCAGAUGCCUGUUCACAUACUCAAGUUUAUUUUGAAAAUAUUGUGCUUCAGUUGUAACUUAACCACAAAGUCAUUUAAAAAAAAUCAAUAAUUGGGUAUCUUUCUUAUUUACUAAUUUAUAUAGAAGGUAUGAAAGGUCAGAAUAUGAUUUCAAAAUAAAAGCAUGUGUGAUUCACUUUAGCUGGAAAACAGUGUGCUUGUUUUAUGAUGUUAUUAUUAUUAUUAUUUGAAAGUCAGACAACAACAUGAACAGCAUGUUUAAUGUUUGUUUUUUAUAUUACAGCCUCAAUUCAUAAGAACAUUUAUGUCAAUAAAAUGUAAAACUCAUGUACUUGACUGUUUCUACAUAAAUACAUACAAUGAGAAAACUGCAAAGAAGGAAAUCAUAAGCAGGACUGACCAUGGUGCUGAAAGUGUAUUUGUAAUCAGAUAAUAUGUGUAAUAAUGUUUUAUGUUUGUCAUGAUUGUCUUUUGGGGUUUUUUGUCUAAAUAAAGUGUUUUAUUUAAUGUCAU